ACAUGCAAAACUUUCAGUUGCAAUUUCGUUUGUGAAUUAUAGAAAAUCUUAUAAAGUGUAGAUUUAGUAAUAAUUCCCAAAGUUUUGAUUACUUAAUGUGCAUUUGAGUAUAAAGUGAUAAAAGUUAUAAAAUGUACAAAUUUCUGAGACCAUAUACAACAACAAAUAAUUUCUUGAAAUUGCAUCAGUUUCAUGCUGCAUUUCGACAGAUUGAGUUGAAUUGCCAACAGAAUCAAGUUAAUAUUUGGUGCCAGAAUGUAACAACGCGACACAUUCAUACCACAAUAUGCCUUGAAACACCAAGCAAGCGUACGAAACUUGAGCUAAAGAGACGUCUUAAAGCCGAGCAAAAGGCCAAGGAAAAGGCAGAGAAGGAAGCGCAAAAAGCCGCAGUAGCAAGCGCUAAUACUGACAGCAAUGCGCCCAAAAAGAAGUCGGCGGCAGCGUCAGAAGAAGAAAUUUCACCAAAUGAAUAUUUUAAGCUACGUUCAGCUGCCGUUGUUGAUUUGAAGAAAUCACCAGAAACUCAUCCUUAUCCUCACAAAUUCAAUGUUAGCAUAUCAUUGGAGAAUUUCAUCAAGAAAUACGAGAAUCUGAAAGAAGGUGAAAUGCUUGAAGACGUCUCCCUGAGCGUUGCUGGUCGCGUGCAUGCCAUACGAGAAUCUGGUGUUAAGUUAAUAUUCUACGAUUUGCGUGGUGAGGGUGUUAAAUUGCAGGUGAUGGCCAAUGCUAAGUUAUAUCAUAACGAGAGUGCCUUUGAGCCUGAUACUGCAAAAAUUAGGCGUGGUGACAUUAUCGGUAUUAACGGUUACCCCGGUAAAACCAAAAAGGGUGAACUAUCAGUGGUGCCAAAGGAGAUAAAGCUGUUGUCACCCUGUUUGCAUAUGUUGCCACAUUUGCAUUACGGUCUCAAGGAUAAGGAAACACGUUACCGCCAAAGGUAUUUGGAUUUAAUCAUGAAUCCCAAAGUGCGAGAAACCUUCCAAAUUCGUGCGAAUAUUGUCUCCUUUGUGCGCCAGUUUCUCGAUCGCAUGGGUUUCUUAGAAGUAGAAACUCCCAUGAUGAACAUGAUUGCGGGCGGUGCAACGGCAAAACCCUUUAUAACACAUCACAACGAUUUGAAUAUGGAUUUGUAUAUGCGUGUCGCACCCGAGUUGUACCACAAAAUGCUCGUUGUUGGUGGUUUAGAUCGUGUAUAUGAAAUCGGGCGUCAAUUCAGAAAUGAAGGUAUCGAUUUAACGCAUAAUCCAGAAUUCACCACAUGCGAGUUCUACAUGGCUUAUGCUGAUUUCAAUGAUCUUAUCGAAAUAACGGAGAAAAUGAUAUCCGGAAUGGUAAAAGCUAUUCACGGUACUUAUAAAAUUAAAUACCAUCCGGAAGGCCCGGAAGGUCCCGAGGAGGAAGUUGAUUUUACGCCACCAUUUAGAAGAGUUUCGAUGAUAAAAACUCUGGAAGAAAAGUUGAACGUCAAAUUUCCACCAGCAACAGAGUUUAAUAGCAAGGAUACAACUGAAUUCCUCUCACAACUUUGCGCCAAACAUCAAAUCGAAUGCCCAGCACCACGUACAACGGCGCGUCUGCUUGAUAAAUUAGUCGGAGAAUUCAUUGAAGAGACUUGCAUAAAUCCAACAUUCAUCUGUGAGCAUCCGCAAAUCAUGUCACCACUGGCCAAAUACCAUCGCAGUGAGCCGGGAUUAACGGAACGUUUCGAAUUGUUUGUUAUGAAGAAGGAAGUGUGUAACGCCUACACAGAGUUGAAUGAUCCGAUGGUGCAGCGUGAAAGAUUUGCGCAACAAGCCAGCGAUAAAGCGGCUGGUGAUGAUGAGGCGCAACUGAUUGAUGAGAACUUCUGCACAGCACUAGAAUAUGGUCUGCCACCAACAGGUGGCUGGGGACUGGGUAUCGAUCGUCUAACCAUGUUCCUCACCGACACCAACAACAUUAAGGAGGUGCUCUUCUUCCCCGCCAUGAAACCAGAGGAAGCUAAUCGUACACAGCCAGCCACUAGUGAAGGCGAUCAAAUCGCUGACAAGGCUAAUGUGAAGAAUUAGUGCAAUUUGGUAAUUGCAAUGCUAGGCAACAACGUUUAAUAAAGUGUAUAACGGAAUCGCAAAUAUAAUUCUCAAAAACAAAAAAAAAAUAAUAAAUUUAUUUAUUUUCUUUUAUAA